UUGCCCGAGACUGGCUGGCGACUACACGCUCUCUCUCGCUCACAAAUAUAUGUCCAAUUGUGAUUGCUGUUCCAAUUCCGUCCAUAUCGGUCCGGUAGUGUGAUCCUUGUGCUUAAUUUAUUUAUUUUUAAAGAUUCCUGAAAAAAUUGCACAAGUAUGGGGUAGUGUGCAUACGAUUGGAAUGAUAAGCGAUUUCAACAUCUAUUCGACGCUCAACGCAAGACACUAUCAGCGCGCUCCGUCCGAUUUUGGAAUAAUCCUGCGUUCAACGAACAAACGAUUAGAUGCAGAAUCAGGCGGCGCACUGUUUUCCAUGUCUUGCGAUUCAAACACGGCGCGCGACUGCUGGAUAGUUGCAAUGAGACUUGCCAAGUAUGGAAAGCAAUUACGAGAUAAUUACAGAGCCUACAAGACUAAAACCGUGGAGACUAAUCAAUAUAGUAGUCAUUCUAUUUCAAGAGAGAGUGUCCGGUCUCGUGUAGCGAUGGAUUUCACGGGUCCGACCGGAGUGAUAAUAGCUGAUCCGGUCGAGGCCGAGAGGGUGAAAAAGGGUGAAGGGAGCCAAUCUAAGAAGCAACCUCAGCCGAAUUCUCCUGCGCAGUUGAACGCUAGGGCGAGAGCCAACCUCUCGGCAGGUCUGCACGUCACUCAACCGUGGUUCCACAGCUGCAUGGCGCGCAACCUAGCCACCGAUCUCAUCAGCAGGCAUGGCUCCAUCAACGGGGUCUUUGUGGUGCGAGAAAGUCGCAGAACUCCAGGAUGUUAUGUCCUGAGCUACAGCUUCAACUCGAGGGUGUUUCACCAAAUGAUCAGCGCGGUGUCGGUCGAUGAUGUUCCCAAUGACUGCUACACACUCGACAACAAUAACACGCGGUUCUACGACCUGUUGCAAUUGGUCGAGUUCUACCAGUUGAACUGCGGCUCUCUGCCUACCCGGCUAACUCAUCAUAUUGUCCGGACGGCAUCCGGAGACCAUCGCCACGAGGCCGCUGCCCCCCCAAGGCGCGAUCAAUGAAUGGCGCCGCUCUACUACAUUGAUUCAUUUCUACUACAACAAAUUCAAUGAUGGAUCGUUUUGACUAGGUCAAGCUUCAUUUCUACUAGAACAGUUUUAAUGAUAUACAGAAUGUUUCUGAAUGAGACCGACAAAUUUCAUGAGUACUUUCCAUACGUCAAAAUUGAGGAAAAGGUUCUAGUAAACAUGGCACCUUUAAUGCUUUUUACCGAGAUAAUAAUUGCAGAAGAUUACACAUUUUUAUCAAAUCUUGGUGAAAAAUCAUUAUUUUGAUGUAAGGAAAGCAUUCACGAAAUGUGUCGGUAUAUUUCAGAAACACUGUUUAGAUGGUUCAGUAAGCAACAAAAAGGUCGGCAGCCUUAAAUCCGCUACAAUUACAACCAUUUUCUCAUCACUGAACCAUCUACAGCUGAUUUUGUAUAGGUUAAGGUAUGAAUUCUACUAGAACAGUUUUCAAUUACAGUAUAAGAAUGUUUCAGUCACCAGAAAAAGCUCGGCCGUCUCUAGACCACUGCAUAUUCAACCUUUUUCUCGUGACUGAACCAUCUGUUUAUGAUUUCUACUAGGACAGACGUGUUUUAUCUGAUUGAAUGAUGUGAGUAGAUGAUCCUAAUAUUGAUGUAAGUUGAGACUUGAACUACAAAAUAUGUUUCGAUUAAUUCAUUUUUUGUGUUUCAGUCUCCAUAUAGUAGAUUCUGUUUUCAUCUUUGUUGUACAGAUUGAGAUUGAAUUUUUUAUAGCACAAUGACGUAUUUUAGACUACUACAAUAUAUACAAAGUGGGACCAUCAAACGCCACUAUUUUAUGUACUAUUUUGACUGUCCCACUUUUUAUAUUUAUUUUUUACUCUAUAAUUGUCCAAUAUGUAGUAAAUUCUGUCUUCAACGUUAGCUAAUUGUUGUCCAGAUUGAUAUAUGAUUUCUAAUAGAUCAUACGUGUUUUGAAUGAGACUAUCACAACUAAAAAUGACGUAUUCAUUCAAUAAAUGUAUUUUCAACAUAAAGGGAACUUUGUUUCCAAUGUUAGCUAAUUGUUCUUUAGAUUAAUUGAUUAUCUCAUCUCAACUAGAAAUGUGUUUUAUGUUAGUUGAUAAUUGUAGACAAUUUUAAUAACAAAUUUUAUCGUUUAUUCAAUUUUAAUAAUAUAUAAAUGUAUUUUAUCCGCUACUUUAUUCUACUUUCUUUUGGGUGGAAUUGAGAUGACAUUAUUAUGUAGCUCUGAUGAAUGAUAACGUGGUGGAAGUUUUGACGACGAUUUAUUAACUUGUGGGCUUAAAUAAAUGUGUCAGAUGGAUUACGUGUUAAUAUAAUUGAUUUAUAGUUGUUAAGAUAAUUUUAAGGUUUCAAAUUAGGUAAUUUUUUUGUUUAGGAAAUAAGUGUUUAAUCUUAAAAUCUCACUCUAUUUUACUCGAAUGAUUAACGCUUCAUGAAAUGUACCUUCUCAACAUCAUGACUGAACUCUUUUGAAAUGCACUAAGAAUGAGAUGUACAAGUAUUUUUAUUGAAAUAUUGUACAGUAUAUAAAGUAAAUAUCUAAGAAAUAUUUCAAUAACUCAGGUUGUGAUACAUAUGGAAUGACUGACUCUUCAGUACCUGUUACUUCAAUUUCACAAUAAUAUUAUAGGUUUAUGUUUUUACGCCACCAUCACAUUUUUGUACAAGCUUUCUGGAAAAGCAUUUUAAUUUUACAAUAUUUUCAUAAUAAAUAUAUUUUUUCAAUUACGCGAUAGUUUUAUCAGUUUCAUGAAAACUGAAUUUUUCUGCUUAUACUCCAGCUGAAUAUUUUUUUAAAUAAUCUAAAAAUGGAAAUGAAAAGGGCAAAACAUCACGAUCGUUUUUAUUUCUCUUGAGAUUCUACACUACUUUUCUCCACAGUUUAUUUAUAUUGUGGCUAUUCCAUACAGUGACAUGGAUCUAUUUUACAGGUUAAUAACUUGAAAUAUUCGAGAAUAUCAGGCCCAUAUAUACAUCUUUUCAUCAAAUUGGGUUGGGUUUUUAGAAGCUUUGCUUCCGAUCUUGAAUCUCUUUUUGUAAUGUUCUAAUAAAUGAUCGGAAGUCUAUUUUUGUUGUGCCCUGUCACUUGAAUUAUUAUCAUUGUUAAUAGUAUCACAUCAGCAUAAUGCAUUCAUGUGAAUGAACUUUGGGGGCACACUAAGUGAUGUUUUGGGAAAAUAAUUUGAUAACUUCAAGAAAUGGAGAAUAUUAUGAAGUAAUAAGAAUUUUGACAAAAUUCAAUGUAAUAUUCAUUUUAGUAGUCUGCUUAUUAAUACAAGUUGAAUUCUCUAAAUCAAUUAUAUAUUACACAGGUGUAGCCUUAUUGUAAAUAAUCCAAAAUUCUUAUUGAUAAUAUAAAUAAUAAUCAAUUAUAUCGAUAAAAUUUUGAAUUGCAGUGUGUUCAACUGUCAUUGUGUCAAAUUAAAAGCAAUACAUGUCUUUUUUACUGUUAAUGAGUGAUAGCUCAGUUUUGAUUUGACAAUAUUGAUAAAUUUUAAUAUUUCUAGGUGUAAAGUUUUGAGAAUAGUUCUCUCAAUCUAAUUAAAGUCGCUUAAAUUUAAUUAAAUUGCAGUAUCCUUCACUAUUUUGUUGAUGAUAUCCAUGUUUUGAUUAACAAACUAGGCCAAUUGAGGUGCAUUUGACAAGUUAAUUGGGGACUAAACUCUAUAGGGUGGGGGGAUGUAUGAUCCUGGGAUCCUCAUUAUUGAAAAUUUUCUUCCAAACUUAUAGUUGAACUUUGAACAAAAUAAAAGUAGCUGUAGACAUUAUUUAGAGCUGGAAACAUUUUUAGAUAACUGGUUGAACAAUUUUUAUGCGCGCUUUUUCCAUGGAAUCAUAUUUUAAUUACUUCCAAUUGAGAUUUAUUUUCAUAAAUAUUGAAAGAAGAUUAUUUUUAUUGAUCUUGAUUCCAAGGCUCUGCCAAAACAAUCACAGUACUUCUCAGUAAUAUUGAUUCAUUGGCAGAACAAGAAAACAGUAAACUUUACUGAAUACAUCACUUUUAAAAGCGUGGAAGUCUUAUUAUAAAUUUAUUGUGAUUUAUUAUAGAAAGUAGUUUGCUUGUCCAAUAUUUAAGAUAGAAACCAAUCAUCAAGACUAAUAUGAAGUGCAUGAAAAUUCAAACGGACUGAGCAGAACCAAAAAUUUUAUUCUGAAUAAAUUCUAAGUCUUCGUUUUGAAAAAUUUGAAUGAGAGUGGUAUACAGUAGUGUAAGACGAAUAUGUUAGUGUUUUUUUUUUUUUUGGCUUACGUUUCAUUCUGAAUUUCUAAAUGAUUGUUUCAUACAUUUCAGAAGAGUGAUUGAUGUCUAUGAUUAUUAGUGAUAAGGUGAAUGAAUAUUUAUUAAACUAAUUAUUGUCAAGUUAAACAUCAUAUCUAAUAAUAAUAAUAAUAUACUUUUGAAUUGGCUUGAAAGACCUUGAGGAGCUCCAAGCUAAUUUUUUACAAAACUAUUUGAGUAUGCAUACAGACUCCUUUACAUACGAUUUUACACUCAAUUAAAAUAAGAAAUGUAUUCUUUCAGGCGGACCAAUAGAUAUUUUGAAACAUGCUGUAUAUAAAGGAGUCUGUAGUUAUAGGUAUGUUAGGAGGCAUAAGAGGCAGAGUGUUUACAAACUCCCUACUAAUAUCAUUCACUACAAUAAUACGUUUCCAUAUAAUGCUAAUAUAAUAUUAUUGAUGAUAAUAAUAAUAAUAGUACACCUACUUAUUAAGUAAUAGUAAUAAUGGUGUUCUUACUUAUAGUUGUGUGAAACAUUUUGAGUUUGGUUCUCCUAAAGGUAUUUCAAUCCAAUUGUGAAUAUUACUUCAAAGCCAAACAUUGGAAGCCGACUACUUCUAACUUAUUAAUUGUAUACGAAUAUUGUCUAUCAAUAAGUAAUUGAUUUGAUAGAUUAUUUUUGUAUUUAUGAAAUUUUGUUAUUGAAUUUUAUUUCUAUUAUCUGCUAGUAAUCUCAUGCAUUUGUUCCUAUUAUCUAAGUUGAGACCAAAAUCGUUUAUGACAUUUUAUUUCUCUACAUGUAUUGUUAAUUUUAGACAUUUAACUACUGAAUCCAAUACUUCUGUAUCCUCGCUUUUAGUGUAUACGUAUUAAUAAAUCACUUGAAAUGAUUUGAAAUUUACUUUACUUUCAACUCAUAUUCUAAUUGUAACUUUUUCAAAUGGUUGACCUAAGUCCAGCAAGCCUGAACGAGAAAAAAAUAUAAUCCUUAUAAGGUACCAAUUUGUACUACAGGUAUCGCACAGUAAGAUGUCUUCUUGCUGUCAUUUGAAACAAUUAAAUCCAGGGCCCAUCUCAUGGUGCA